ACAAAUCGUUUUCUGACGUUGUAUACACACCGGACUGCUGAGAGACACUUCACCCCAAAACUCCGAACAAGGCAGUAGCAGAGGAGGCGCCGAGGGAGGAGCUUCCCUAGCUAUCAUGGAUGACCGCUCAUCCCUGCGUAAAGUGAGCGGCUCCACUGAAUCUGUGUCCACGGUCACCAGUGAAGAGUUUGUUCUGGUGCAGAACGGCGCUGAGGGCUCACCAUCCAGCUCAGAGGGACGUCCCAGGCUCAAGAUGUCUUGGAACGGAAGUGAGCAGCUGGAGAGGGCAAUGGAGGAGGUGCUGGAGGAUGAAUUAAGGUUGGAGGAGAGGAGAAUGGACACACCAGAGGAGACUGGAGAGAAUACACAGGACACAGAGGCGUUUAUAGCUGCAGUGGAGAGCCCAGUGCUGCAAGAGGAAGAGAGUGUGCAGUUCAGUAAGCUCUCCUACCUAGGCUGUACAUGGGUAAAGGCUCCACGCAGUGAGACUGAGGCCCAGAGAGCAAUGUCCACCCUGAGAGCUGAGAGCCCCAGUCCCAUCCCUAUUACCUUGCACGUACCUAACAGCCCCGACGGCUGUGUGAGGAUUGUUGACCAGGCCACUGGCACUGAGAUUGCCUCCUUUCCCAUCUAUAAAGUGCUGUUCUGUGCCAGAGGAAAAGAUGGCUCUUUAGAGAGUGACUGCUUUUGCUUCACUGAGAGCUACCGUAGCUCUGAGGACUUUCAAAUUCACGUCUUCUCCUGUCAUAUCAAAGAAGCUGUGAGCCGGAUUCUCUACAGCUUCUCUACAGCCUUUAAGCGCUCAUCCAGAGCUGCCACAGAGAUCCGUGAAUCUGCUUUGCCUCAAACCCCUGAUAGCGACAUCUUCACCUUCACUGUGUCUCUGGAGGUGCGAGAGGAUGAUGGCAAAGGCAACUUCAGUCCUGUUCCUAAAGACAGAGACAAGUAUUAUUUCAAACUGCGCCAGGGUGUACAGAAGAAGGUGGUGGUUACAGUGCAGCAAAUCUCCAACAAAGAGUUGGUAAUAGAGCGAUGUUUCGGCAUGUUACUCAGUCCUGGGCAGAAGGUUCGGAACAACGACAUGCACUUAUUAGACAUGGAGAUGAUGGGGAAGAGUUCAGACGGAAAGGCUUACAUUAUCACUGGUAUAUGGAACCCUAACACCCCUGUGUUUCAAGCCCUCAAUGAGGAUACACCAAAAGAUAAGCAGGUGUAUUUGACUGUGGCUGUGGAUCUGGUGGUGACAGAGGUGGUGGAGCCAGUUCGAUUCCUGAUGGAGGCCUUGGCUCGUGUUUAUCCAUCCAAUGAGAGGUUUUGGUACUUCAGCCGAAAAGCUUUCUCUGAGACCUUCUACCUGCAGCUAAAACUGGGCUUGGAGAAGGGUAGCCAAGGAGACGCCAUAUAUGAAGUAGUGAGUCUUCAGAGGGAAUCGGAGAGAGUGGGAGGAUCACGAGGCCGCUUGCAGUCCCCUACUGAGGAAGAGGAGCUGGAGGAAGACAGCGACAGCGAGCUCUCCAGUGGAACUGGUGAUGUGUCUAAAGACUGUCCUGAAAAGAUUUUGGAGUCCUGGGGUGGCAUCCUUAAUAGAUGGCAUGGGAACCUGUCUUCACGUCCUAAAGGGCUGUCUGCACUGGUGAGACCCGGCAUCCCCGAGGCCCUGCGAGCUGAAAUUUGGCAGCUCCUCUGUGGCUGCCAGGACGAACAGGCCCUGCUGGAACGUUAUCGCAUCCUCAUAACCAAGGACUCACCACAAGAAGGUGUCAUUACCAGAGACAUCCAUCGCACCUUCCCUGCUCAUGACUACUUUAAGGACUCAAAUGGUGACGGGCAAGAUUCGCUCUACAAGAUCUGCAAGGCUUACUCUGUGUAUGAUGAGGAGAUUGGAUAUUGCCAAGGCCAGUCCUUCCUUGCUGCAGUGUUGUUGUUGCAUAUGCCAGAGGAGCAAGCAUUCUGUGUGCUGGUGAAGAUCAUGUUUGACUACAAACUCAGGGAUCUCUACAGGAACAACUUUGAGGAUCUACACUGCAAGUUCUACCAGUUAGAGCGCCUGAUACAGGAGCAACUCCCCGAUUUGUGGUCUCACUUCCAGGAUCUAAAUCUGGAGGCUCAUAUGUACGCCUCCCAGUGGUUCUUGACCCUCUUCACCGCCAAGUUCCCCCUCUGCAUGGUCUUCCACAUCACCGACUUGCUGCUGUGUGAGGGCCUUAACAUCAUCUUUAAUGUGGCACUGGCUCUACUAAAGACCUCUAAGGAAGACCUGCUUCAAGCUGACUUUGAGGGUGCUCUCAAGUUUUUCCGGGUUCAGCUCCCCAAACGCUACAGAGCAGCUGAAAAUGCUCGCAGACUCAUGGAGCAAGCCUGCAACAUCAAGGUGCCGACUAAGAAGCUAAAGAAGUUUGAGAAGGAGUACCAGGCUUUCCGGGAGAGCCAGCUGCAGCAGGAGGAUCCUAUAGACAGAUACCAGAGGGAGAAUCGCCGGCUACAGGAAGCCAGCAUGCGUUUGGAGCAGGAGAACGAUGACCUCGCCCACGAGCUGGUCACGAGCAAGAUUGCAUUGCGAAAUGAUUUAGACCAGGCGGAGGACAAGGCCGACGUGUUGAACAAAGAGCUGCUGAGCACAAAGCAACGUCUGGUGGAGACGGAAGAAGAGAAGAGGAGACAGGAGGAAGAGACGGCUCAGCUAAAGGAGGUGUUCAGAAGAGAGUUGGAAAAAGCAGAGUCUGAGAUUAAGAAGACCACAGCCAUCAUUGCCGAGUAUAAACAGAUUUGCUCUCAGCUGAGCACCCGGCUGGAGAAACAACAGGCCUCCAACAAGGAGGAGCUGGAUAUCGUGAAGAGUAAAGUGAUGGCGUGUGAGCGAUGUCGGGAGGUGUUCAGUAAGGACAGCCCCCUGCACGUCCCAGCGGUGACGCAGGACAACCGUGACACGGACCUGGACGAGGAGAAGGAUUCCCUAAAGGCUCAGCUGAGGGAGCUAGAGCUAGAACUGGCUCAGACCAAACUGCAGCUGGUGGAGGCCAAGUGCAGGAUCCAGGAGUUGGAGCAUCAGAAAGGAGUCCUGAUGAAUGAAGUCCAAGCUGCCAAAAACUCCUGGUUUAGUAAAACCCUGGGCUCCUUAAAGAAUUCAGCGAGCAGUCAGGUGCCUUCAUCACCUAAAGAGGGCCAGUAGGACAGAUACAGGCCUCAGCCAGCGAGGCAGGAACAGAUCCACUGCCUGGCGCCUGCAUGGGAAGGACACAGAUGUCUGAAUGUUUCUAAACACAGUGUGGUAAUGCAGUAUUCCCUCUCAUACUGAGGGAGACGGGUGGACAGGAAGGAAGAACCACCUGAACUGCUGAUCUGUAGACCAGAGUACUGUUGGUUUAGCUUAAGGUCUGUGGGAAAGCAGAUUUUAUUCUAUGAAUGCCAAAUGUGUGGAACUUUAUGGAAUUAUCACUAUUUGACAGGAAUGUGAGCAAAUAUUUUCAUGACCUUUAUCUGUCGGUCAGAGUGUUUAAGAAAAAUGUUGCCCACUCCAACUCGUCCUUUCGUUAGUAAGGUUAAGUGGUCUAACAGGAUAUUACUACAUUAAGGAAAAAUUCCUGUUUAUUACUGUCAAGCACAAAAUGUCUGAAUUACAUUACAAAUGUCCUCUAAAACACUGGUAAACAUGUUUACAUGAUGCCAAACAACAAAUCGUUUUCACAAGUUUAAGGUUGAUGCACAGAGAGAUUUUUUUUUCUUUGUGUGUGUGUUUGUGUUUACGAGAGAGAGAGAAUUCUGGUGUAAGUGACCACUCCAUUGCACAUGUCUCAAUCAGAGGUCAUAUCUAUUCAGAGUUCUCUGUAUAUUGGAAGACAGCAGGUAGGAAUAUACUGGAAUAUGCAGAAGCAGCGUCUUGGGCAGUGCAGCAGUUCCACCUUGUGGUGGUUUUCAGUACUGCAGGGUACUGAAUUCGGUUACCUGCGUUGACUGUUAUAUGUUUAAAGGUGGAAUUCCUAUAUAACAUUACUAAUAAAAUUUUAUCUUUAGAGUUUAUCUACACAUUUAUAACUGUAGUUUUUUUUUAUUUAAGAGGGGGAAUACUGCAUCCAGACUCAAUAUAUCCCUGUUUUUCUAUGUAGUAAUAACUAAUGUAAUUGUAUUGUGUUUAAACUAAUUUUUUUUAAUCUUGUACAGUUCUGAAAAAAGUUCUUUUUUUAACCAUUUUUGAAUUUGAAAUAAUGUAAAUAUUAGCAGCUUAAAGCGCAGUGUUCUGCACAGUGUUGUAUAUGACUAUGAAACGACAUUCCUGCUUCUGCUCUUAACUCUCCCAAGUAGCUGAAGCCAUGAUGACCGAGCGAGCCAGUGACAGCACAGCGCUCUCACACACUCUGCACUCGGGUUAGUGAGCUGGAGACUCCUUCCUGCAAAGCAGUGGUUUGUACACACUGUACUUUAACAUAAAGUCACCCACUAUUGGGAAAACAGUGUGUUCCCCUAUAGCAGGAGACGCAUCAUAAAUGUGCCAAGAAUUCCUUGCAGAUGUUCCCAUGUCCAAGUUUAAGAAAAUCAUGCUGAUAUUGAGUGUUGUACAUUCAUUACUGCAGUUAAACCCUAGGACAAACAGAACAACCUUCAGUGUCUGUCUCUAUACCAAGGGUUUGUCACUUCUCCUUAUAGGUCUGCAUUUGUGACUCAGAGUUGUUUAAAUCGCAUGGAUCUUAACACAAGAUGUCUUUAUUGUGAAUACUUUUUUUUAACUGUGGUCAAAAUAUGUAUGCUUACCUAUUUUGUAAGCCAAACAUUACUUAAAUAUUAACCGCUUUCAAGUGCAAUCUUUUCUUCAGAGUAUAUCACUCUGGGUGAUGGAUUAGAACAAGAGACAUUCCUUCUGAGCUCAUUAGAUUUGUCUGUGUAAGCUGGCUACACCAACCUGUUUCAGUUGAAAUAACUAUGUGACAAAUAAACCCUAAUUCUUGAUCUGUUAAAGAA